AUGGACAUCGAACAAGCACAUAUAAAAUAUUCAUUAAAACGACGUCGUCUUCUAUUUAGUAAAGCAAAAUUGAAAGCUGUUUCACGUACAAGUGCACUUCUAUCCGGAUUUGCUAUGGUUGCAAUGGUUGAAAUUUCAUUAGAUGAUCAUAAAAAUUCUAAAAGUUCAGCACCUUUAUUAGUUGUCUAUUCCAUUAUAACAUGUCUUCUUGUUGGUGUACAUCUAUUAGCAUUAAUGAUUAGUACAUGUAUAUUACCACAAUUAGAAGCUGAUAGUUUACUUGGUUCUGAUGAAUAUGCAUCCCAUACAACAAUGCACAUUUAUAUUGAAUUAGCUUGGAUAUUAAGUACUGGGUUUGGUAUAUUUUUAUUUCUAAUUGAAAUAGCAAUUGUAUGUUGGGUGAAAUUUUUCUUUGUAACACGUCCAGCUGCAAUAGCAACAACAAUUGUUCUUGUACCAGUUGUAAUAUUAUUUUGUAUAUUUUCAUUACAUUUUUAUCGACGUCUUGUUUCAUUUAAAUUAAGUCGCCAUCAAGAUGAAUUAGAUGAAAUUGAAAAUACAUUAACAACUGGAAAACUUGCUCAAGCUAAUAUUGUUUAA